AUGAAUACCCAGAACAUGAACUUUGACCAUGUCAAAUCUCCUCGGCAGUGGCCGCCACAGUCUCACUCCUCCGAGACCUCACAUCCGCAUUGUCACCACCUACGUGGGAACCACCAGCGGAACCACCAUCACCGACCAGACGGCGAGGAGUCCUCACCGGCAGAUUCCCUCGCCCCAGAGCCGUCGAUAGCGCCAGCGGCGGCACCGAUAACUCCCUCGCCACCGUCCACGUCGGCGGGAAUCUACGGCCCAUACCGACACCAAAGCUACAUCCUCCCCCCGAGGAUCAAACCUCUGUCUCAGACGGUGCGCUUCGACGAGACCAAUCUCGCCAUGCUCACUUCGCCACCUACCGGUGCUCCCUCCAUCAUGGGGCCUGCGCCCAUGCAGGGGCUGAAAGACGCCCUGGCCGUGGCUGCUGGGAAAGUGACGCCGGGCGUGGACGACGCGCCAUAUAUCCAGUAUGCGAUCCAGGCCCUGACCAGACGGCGGGCGAAUGAAAAUGACGAGGAUGACGAUGAGUACUCGGACGGAGGAUUCGAGGAGGAGAUGGAGGGCAUACCGACACCACCAGAAGAAGAGGAUGGGCUGUUGAGGAGGCCCGACAGCACGCACCGCAGGGGCUUGCAACGACAGUCUGCAAGUAGCACAAACAGACAGUCAUCACAACGACAGCGCGAAGCGCAGCUCUUGAUUCAGACACCCGCAAGUCCACUACAACAACGCCAGCGCGCAGAUAGUCUUCGGAGUCAGUCACUUUCGCAGCACGAGGACUUUCGGACGUUAUCGCCGGUGACAUUGAGACCAUACUCGCGCGACACGGGGCUCGACUUUCCGUCGACGCUCCCACCCACCUCCGAGACACCGGCACCGCCGCUCUCCCAAACACCGCUGCCCCCUCUGCCGCCGAGCAACACAUGGGUGCCCGUCACCAAGGAGAUGAGGGACAACUUCUAUCCCAACGACAACACGUGCCCUCCACUGACGUUCAAGCCUCGCAUCCUGCGGCCCUUUUCCCUGCUUCUCUUCACGGCCCUCUGCGCAUUCAUGGCGGCCGGUGCCGUCGCCUCGGCUGCGUACUCGAGCCAGCAUGACGGUCUGGUCGACUACCCCGGAACCAUCUAUUCCGGCUCGUACUUCCUCUUCCGGAUCCUGCCACAGCUCAUCGGCGCCGGCAUCCUUCUGUAUGCGCAGAAUAUCGUCUCGACGUCUACGCGGAUCUUCCCUCUGACGACCAUGGCCAGCGAAGACGCACGUGAGCGCUACCUCGCACUGUUCCAGAAGCUCCACGUCCCGACAUUUCUAUACCCGUCCUUACAGGGCCCCUGGCAGAUCCGAUUGUUCAAUGUCGCAACGUGGCUUUGUAUCUUCACGGUGCCCCUGCUGAGCUCCUUGUACACCUGCAUCCUGGUCGACGGCGAGUGGACAUGGGCCGCCGCCCAAGGCGUGGCCUACACCCUCCUGGUGCUAUACGCCAUCCUUGGCCUGUCCGCCAUCGUCCUCAUGACAUUCUGGUUCCGACGCUGGACCGGUCUGCUGUGGGACGUCCGCUCCAUCGCAGACAUCCUGCCGCUCCUCAACAGGUGCAACUCGGUCGACGGCUACCGGCGUGCUGCCGAGACUAACACUACCAUGGCAGAGAUCAAGGACGCCCUCGAGGACCACUAUUUUGAUCGCCUGGGAUACUGGCGCACGGACACGAGUGGAGGCACGUGGUACGCCAUGGGCUCCUCGGGCCCACCAGCCGACGAGAGCGCGGUGCAGAACAUCAUGGGGCGACGUCCUGCGUCGGUCACAUCGCGUGACACGUCUGUGCCGCCGCAGCAGCAGCCGCCGUCCUUCAUGUCGUCUGCCGUCAUGUCCUACCUCCCACUCCCUCUCAGGACCUUUCCGCUGGUCGUGGCCGCGUCGCUCUCGGGCGUCCUGCUGCUGGCGUUGCUGGUCGUCUCGUUUCUCCCACAGACGCGCAUUGACCGGGGCUUUGAGCCCCUGCUGCCCGCACGACCCAUCAACAUGGCCUUCUCGGCCGCCAACUUUCUGUACAGCUUUCUGCCCAGCUGCCUGGGCAUGAUCGUGUUCCUGCUCUUCCAGUCGCUCGACCACACGCUGCGGACGGUGCAGCCCUGGGCCGAGAUGACCACACCCGACGGCGCGUCGGCACGCAAGUCCAUCCUCGCCGAGUACGCCGCCUCCAGCGCGUUCGGCGCCGUCUUUAGCGCGGCGCGGGUCGGUCACUGGCGCGUGGCCGUGACCAGCCUCACGAGCCUCCUGGCACUGGGCAUUCCCGUCCUCGCGGGUGGUCUGUUCAUGGCUCUGACAGGCCAGGACGGGGCCGUGCGAAUGUUCCCGUCCGUUCCCGUCUACGGCGUCCUCCUGUCUCUGCUCUUCCUCACGCUGACGGCUCUCACGCUAGUUAUUCCUCGACGGAACGGCUUCCGGCUCCCGCACGAGGUGGACACACUGGCGGGUAUCAUCACGCUGUGCGUGGCCCGGGACACGGUGGGCGACGAGGCGUUUCGUGCCGUGCGCUCGAGGGCUGAUCUCGAGGGUCGUCUGGGCGCGGACAGGAAGAGUGAUCCCCGAAGUGAGAGUGUCUGGACGUUUGGACACGGUGUGCGGGAUGAGUUGGUGAGUGUCCGUCGGCUGAAGCGGUACACGGAGAAGGGGAAGAUCAUGAAGAUGAUGAACUACGGUGUCUAA